AUGGACACCUCAAGUGUGGAAGUUGAAGGGUGUGGGAACACAGAUGAAAGGCUAUCUCAUGGAUCCUUGCAGGGCCAAAGGUUCUCCCUCAAAGUCACCACUGAGUACACACAGUGUCUUUUUGUUGACUUGACUCUUAUUCUGGAUAGCAUCUUUCUGGCAGUGUCUCUGUUUUUUGUUAACUUGACUCUUAUUCUGGAUGACGUCUUUCUGGUGGCAUCUCUGUUUUUUGUUCCUCUGAUUAUAGAUGGUGUCUUUUUGGCACCAGUUUUUUUCAGACUUAACUCUUAUUCUGGAUGGCGUCUCUAUUAUGACGACAUCUCUGUUAUGAUGACUUAA